AUGUCCACAGAGUCGUGGCCUCCUCCUCUAAAAGAAUGGGUUGCAAAGUGCCUCGGACAAAUCACAGAUUCCAACAGAGCAGAAGUUCAGGCCGAACUUAAACAGGUAAUUUCUGAAGCUUUCGCUGCCCAAACACUAUGGACGACAGACUGGGCUGGUGUUCAAUUGAAAAGUUUGUUACCCAAACCCCCUCCAGUGUUCAACACCUUGAAACGCAAGAGCAUCGAAACAGCUCUUCCUACUACCAAUUCCAAGAAAGCCAAGAAGGAAAAGCUCAAGAAUGCAGCAGCAACUUACACUACGGAUUUCAAUGAUCAAGCCGCACUUAACAGACGGGCCGAACGUUUCCAGCGUGAGCAUGAAAUCGAAAAAAACAAGAAUGCACGGAAUGGGGGUGCUGCUGCAAUCAAGGCGAAUCAGCAAAAUGGGCACCUGUUCAACAACCGGUCGUUAUCUUCAAGGUCAGGGUCACCCUAUACUGCCCAGGACGAGCCCGAAGGGGACCCGAAUGUAAUUGAUUGGGAUCGAUACACAAUCGUUGGGACGUCUCAAGAUAUAUUCAAAGACUAUUUACGAUUGACAAGCGAACCUAAACCUGAGACGAUACGUCCUUAUGCCGUCCUCCAAAAGACUCUUACAGAACUCAAAUCUCGAUGGAGGGAGCAUCAGGUUAAAUACCCUUGGAUUUGUAAUCAAUUUAAGAGUCUGCGACAAGAUCUUACAGUCCAACGAAUAAAAAACGAAUUUACGGUACAAGUAUACGAAAUCCACGCCCGUAUAGCCCUUGAGAGCAAUGAUAUGGUUGAAUACAAUCAGUGUCAGGCAACUCUAAAGACACUUUACGAGUUGGGAAUUCCCGGUAAAGUCGAGGAGUUCACUGCCUAUCGCAUUCUCAUGCUCCUACACGGGCGAAAUAGAAGCGAGCUUAAUCUUUACGUAGGUCAACUAACCCCCAAACAGAAAGCGGAUAAGGCUGUGCAGCAUGCUCUGGCUGUGCAGAGGGCGCAGUCGAUGGGCAAUUAUCAUAAGCUUUGUGAACUAUACUUGCAAGCGCCGAACAUGGGUGCAUACAUCAUGGAUCACUUCAUUGACCGCGAACGCAUCAAAGCUAUGAUGGUCAUCACAAAAGCUUAUAAAACGAUACCCCUUUCGUUCUUGCAGUCUACCCUUGCUUUCGAUAAUCUGGAAGAAGCGAGGACAUUCCUAGUGGAACACCGCAUCACAUUUUUCACCAAUCCGAACAGCCCCGAUUCGGAGAAGGUGCUCGAUUGCAAACCAGCGAUGGCAGAAGUCGCGCGGGUAUUCGAGGACAAGUAUCGCAAAGUCACAAUCAAGGGUGCAAUAUGA